CCCGGGCGCUAUAAGAGGGCGGUGGCCGCGGCACGCCCUGCGCCGAGCCGGGAGCGCGAUGGUCGGCCGCCGAGGUGCGGCAAGAUGCUGGAUGGGUUCCUCUCGGCGCGCUGGCUGGCCGCGGCCCUCGGGCUGACGCUGCUGCUCGCCGCGCCGCGCCCUUCGGCCGCCUACUUCGGGCUGACCGGCAGCGAGCCCCUGACCAUCCUCCCGCUGACCCUGGAGCCUGAGGCGGUGGCCCAGGCCCACUACAAGGCCUGCGACCGGCUGAAGCUGGAGCGCAAGCAGCGGCGAAUGUGCCGCCGGGACCCGGGCGUGGCCGGGACGCUGGUGGAGGCCGUGAGCAUGAGCGCGCUCGAGUGCCAGUACCAGUUCCGCUUUGAGCGCUGGAACUGCACGCUGGAGGGUCGCUACCGCGCCAGCCUGCUCAAGCGAGGCUUCAAGGAGACCGCCUUCCUCUACGCCAUCUCCUCGGCCGGCCUGACGCACGCGCUGGCCAAGGCCUGCAGCGCCGGGCGCAUGGAGCGCUGCACUUGCGACGAGGCGCCCGACCUGGAGAACCGCGAGGCCUGGCAGUGGGGCGGCUGCGGGGACAACCUCAAGUACAGCAGCAAGUUCGUGAAGGAGUUCCUGGGCCGGCGCUCCAGCAAGGACCUGCGGGCCCGCGUGGACUUCCACAACAACCUCGUGGGUGUGAAGGUGAUUAAGGCCGGAGUGGAGACGACCUGCAAGUGCCACGGCGUGUCAGGCUCCUGCACCGUGCGGACCUGCUGGCGGCAGCUGGCGCCCUUCCACGAGGUGGGCAAGCGUCUGAAGCACAAGUACGAGACAGCGCUCAGGGUGGGCAGCACCACCAACGAGGCCACCGGUGAGGCGGGCGCCAUCUCCGCAGCCCGGGCCCGGGCCUCGGGGACCCGCAGUGACCCGCUGCCCCACACGCCAGAGCUGGUGCACCUGGACGACUCGCCCAGCUUCUGCCUGGCGGGCCGCUUCUCCCCAGGCACGGCCGGCCGCCGGUGCCACCGGGAGAAGAACUGCGAGAGCAUCUGCUGCGGGCGGGGCCACAACACGCAGAGCCGGGUGGUGACCAGACCCUGCCAGUGCCAGGUGCGCUGGUGCUGCUAUGUGGAGUGCCGGCAGUGCACCCAGCGUGAGGAGGUCUAUACCUGCAAGGGCUGAGCCCUGGCCGCAACCUGUCCUGUUCUGUGGGGUGCAGGCACCCCACACAGAGUGAGUGGUCUACACCACCAGGGCUGAGCCCCCAGGCCCGGCCAGCCUUGCUCUGUGGGUGUAGGCAUUGCACAGUGUGAGGGAGUCUGUACCGGGUGUAGACAUUGCACACAGUGUAGGGCUCUACACCUGGAAUGGCCAAGCCACUGCACAUGGCAGCAGGCAUCUGUACCUGCGAGGGCUUUGGCUCCAAUGCCCACAGUGGCCGGGGACUGGUCCAGUGGCCCCUGCCUGGCUCCCCUCCACCCUGCAUGUAUCCCGGGCCACAGCUUCCUGCCCUGACACGAGAGCAUUGUUGCAAUGCUUUCUGAGUUGUCUCUGUCCCUGACACACCUGUCCUGGAGUGUGGCCCUCAUCUGGUCUCUUGACUGGCCCCCCCUGCCUCCAGGCUCACUCGGAGGCUCGGGAGGCCAGCACACCUUUGUAACCACGCGGCUGCCCGUGGGAACAGCCUGGACCGGCACCUGGCACUGGCACCUGGCACUGGCCCCAGCACUGUGUUCAAAGAGUUAAACCACUAGGAGAGAGUGCCGGCCACCUGUGUCCAGACCUGCUGCCCAGGGGCCAGGCUUAGGGGGCUUUGCUGUCCCUCUCUGACAUUGAGCACUUCUUUUGGAGUGAAAUCAGUGACUUUUAAAUUAUUAUCCUUAUUUAACUAAUGUAAUAAUUAUCCCCCCACCCUCCGGCCUUGCUCCCCCGUGGCUCCCAGGGCCAGUCUGGGAGGCUCCUCCUUCCCUCCCCAGCACACCCUGUUUGGUUUGUCCUUGGAAACCACUAUUCCAGAUUAUCUUGUUUUUAAAUGAAGAGCUGCCUGGCCACAGCCCUCGGGGCCUCUGGCAGCAGCCACACGAUGGCAGAGCCACCUGGUGGCCCCUGCUCUGCACCUUGGAGCAGGUGGCCCAGUGCCCAGGCAGGAGUGGCUGUGGGUAGGCGUGGUGGAGAGUCAGAGCCUCACUUGCUCUGUGUCACUGGGAGGCAGGCGGGCACAGGUGCAGUGUGCCUAGCUUUGGCCACAGGAUGCUCUUCUUCUGGCAAUGCUGUCUUUGCAGGGGAAGCAGCCGAUGCCAAAGGGAUUGGUUUGCGAGUGUGUGUGUGUGUGUGUGUGUGUGUGUGGUGUAUGCACACGCGUGUGGUAGGCUGGCGUGGCAGCUGGGUUGCACCCUUCUCAGCACCACAUGGUGCCUCUGUGGCCUGAGCUCUUCGGGUGGUGUUCCUGCAGGUGUGGCUGGGGUCUGGGCAGGCUGCAGUGGGUGCUGGGACUAUUCAGUGAGGGGCGGCUUCCUCGGGGCCCCAGGGGUCCAGGAAGCUUCGGGGACUGUGUUUUAAAGAAAGCCUGUUUCUGGGGACACGGGUCUCUGGCAGUCCUGGAGAGUACAUGUGGCAAGGUGAGCCCUGUGGUCGAUGACAGCCUGGUCACGGCCCAUCCCCAGACACAAGCGUGGUGGCCUGGGUCGUGGUACUGGGGAGGUCCGGCUGGGGUUAGGUGGGCCGCAGACAAGGGCCCCUGCCCCUGCCCCUGCCCCUGCCCCUGCUGUCUGUGGCUAUAAGCCCACAGCAGACCUGCCAGGUGCUCCCGCAGCUUAGCUCAGCACCGGCAGGUGUGGCACAGUUGUCCCAAGUGAAGGGAAGGGUGUUUUUAUCAAAUACCACAUUUGGCUCUAUGUCCUCAAUAUUCAGAAAAAUAUUUUUUUAAACGAGGUGGGCACUCGUGUCCGCUGGCUGUUUCUAUGCAAGUGUGUGCUAGAAUGUCUUGCUAACUGCAGCAGCAGGUCUUCGGUGGCAGGGUGGAGGGAAGGGAGGUCCCCUGCGCCUGGCCCAUUGGACCCAGACCCAAGGCUCACUGUGGCUGGGCGGCCGGGCCACACGGGGCAUCUUUGUGCUGAGUCUGCGCGAGCCUGUUGAUUUCUCUACCUCAUCUGUGUAGCAAGUAGGUGUGUACCUGAGUGACUGUGGAGAAUGUAUUUAUUUAACAGCUUUGUAUAACAGAACCGGAAACAAUGGAAACACUAAAUAAAUGUAUUUUAAAUUA